AUGAACUAAAUGUGACACUUGACAGUCACUGACAGACGGCCAUAUUGUAAACUGUCAUUGUUUACAUGAGUAGUUUUGUCGAAUUUCAAUAAAAUAACAACGUUUAGACUGUUGCUUAUUAUGUCUCAAGCAUUAGAUGAUGCGGCCCGAGAAGUGAUUCUCAAAAUUAAGAGGUUUUGUGAAGCGGAAAAGAAUAAUAAAAGCCUUUUGAUCCCAAUAACUAACGUUCGAGCCCGAGUUGCUGCAAUGACUGGUGUAUCUGAAAAAACUGUGUCUAGGAUUACUAAAGAAGGCAACAUUGCUACCAGAACAUGCAGUAAAAUUGUGACACCUGGAAAAUGUCGACCACAUCCAAAAAAAUAUAAUCUCCAUGAUUAUCAUGUUCGUCUUAUUCGUCAAAAAAUACAACAAUUUUAUACUGCGAAUAAAAAGUUACCAACCGUUAAUAAACUGCGCAUAGAGUUACUUGAGGACAUUGAAUUUAAAGGGAGUAAUACAACUUUGCGAAGAAUAUUAAAAGAAAAGGGAUUUCGUUUGAAUCCUUGCAAAUCAAAAAGAAAAACAUUAGACGAACGUUUAGAUACAGUUUCCGACCCUACAAAUAAUGAGAGCGAUAGUCAUUGCAGUAUAUCCGAUGUUGCACCAUCAAGUGAUCAUAAUUAAAAUUAAAUAAUUUUUUUUUACGUUUCUAAAUUAUAAUAUUAAUACAAUAAUAUACGAGUUUCAGUAUUAUUCAUUAUAUUUUCUUAAUGAUAUGGGUAUUAAAUAACUGACAGAUAACCAUUACGCAUAAAACAAUGUUAUAAUAAUUGUGUUGUCUGUCUCUUCAAAAAACUAUUUAUCCAACUCUGGGGGUGUUUGAAUUAUUUGGCAACAUUAUUUUAGGCGCUGACAGCCCUUCUCAUACGUGCCACGGGGCUUCUAUUGUGGCGCCGUACCAAGAACUCAUGUCAUUGAAAAUGAAUCGGUUUACAAUACAGUUUAUUCUUUUUUUUCUUCCACCAUGGCAAUAAAGUUUCAACUAUGUAGUUUAUAAUUUAAACUAUAAAUAUGCCGUACCGCCACAUAGAUUUAACACUAUAUGUAUCGCCUUAUGUUAUUGCCCCUCUUCACAAUCGACAGUGUUGACCUACGAUGAACCAUCAUUGCCGCUUAGACCAUCACUCCUUACUUACUCUGUGAUUCAUCAUAGUUUAUAUGAUCUUUUCUUUGAUAUACGGACAAACCCAUAUAAAUAAAAGUACGGUGUGGGACAAAUUGUACACUAUCGUAAUUGCCUCUACUCGUCUACUAAGUUAUAUACUACGUAACUACAUAUUUACUACUCGCCCUGCGUCCAUCACUGUCAAUUCUUUAGAAGGGCCUUAAUCCAUGUCAAUAAUGAUAUUAUUAUCUGAUUUCCCGUAUAGUGUCCAAAGCCAUAAAAAACCGUAUAAAAAUUGUAUUCCGUCAUGUAAAUUGUAAUUUGAUAGUUGAUACUAUGAUAUUGAUAACAUGAACAGUAUAAGUGUAUAAUCUAUGCCGUAAAUAGUUCGUAAUCUGUGAUUGAUAGUGAUAAAAUUAUGUACCUAAUAUUUAUAUUAAAAUAACCUAUGAAAAAAGUUUUUCAAUCUUCAUCUUCAUCAAAAUUGGUUACG